UGAUCAUUUUGGCAAUGUUGGUUAUCGUUUGGGCUUCUGGAGUCCAACCAACACAAAGAAGUGAAAUUGCAUUAUUACAAACAGUUCGGCUGGGAGAUGAUGUGACAAUCAAAUGCUACUUGACAACAAAACUUGCCAACACAAUAUUUUGGUAUAAACAGAGCAUUGGUCAAAUGCCUAGGCCAGUUGCACUAUCAUACAAUUACUUGACAGACAUCAGAAUUUUGGAUGAAUUCAAAAAUGGCAGAUUCACUGUUUCAGUGAGUGAAAAAUCUUUUCACCUCAACAUCACAGCUACAACCAAGGAGGACAUUGGAAUUUACUACUGUGGGACAGGAUUCUUGAAUCAAGUAGAAUUUAAUUCUGGAACAUAUCUGAUGCUUAAAGGAACUGAGAGCAAAGACUUUAAUAUUGAACAGCAACCAGAGUUACUUCCAGUUAGUCAAGGGGACAAUGUAAAAAUCCAGUGCAAGUUCCUUACUGAGAGCUGUGCAGAGGACCAUAGUGUCUAUUGGUUCAGACAUGGUGCAACUGAAUCUCAUCCAGCAGUAUUGUACACUCAUAGUGGUGGACAUGAUCAGUGUGAAAGGAGCUCUGAGGCAGGUUCUAAAACAUGCAGAUGUGUUUAUGAUUUCUCUAAGAGGAACAUUAGUCUCUCUGACGAUGUUGGGAUUUACUACUGUGCCAUUGUGGCAUGUGGGGAGAUAAUGUUUGGAAAAGGAACCACACUGAAAAACACAGACAACAAGAAUGAAAAUAUUUGGGAUCCUCUAUUGCUGUUCUUGAUAUCAUCCAAUGUUGUUUUUUUGAUAGUAAUUGUUACACUACUUGUUGAUCUUUGCAAAAACGGGAGAAAAAGGCACAGAGGAUCCACAAAGUCAGAAUCUCAGUCAUGUGAGACUGGAGACUCGGGCAUUUUAAAUUAUGCAGCUGUGAGUUUUAUGCCCGUCCCUUCAUCUACCAGAAGAACCAGGGCAUCAAACAACAGAGAGAUGGCAGAGUACAGUAAAGUCCAUUACAAGCCUAGAGAUCACAUGCCUUAACACAAUCUUGGCACAAAAUAUUUUUGACUUCCUGUAAAAGAUUUACAGAUAUUGAACUGUAUUGACACAGACAUUAAUAUUUUAAAAACAUCAACAGCCUUAACAAUUAACAUCCUACUAUCAAAAAGGAUAUAGCCUGCUUAAUUGAUUUUUCUGCUGUUUAAUAUAUCGAAAUAUUUUGUGUUUGCUAAUGCAGAUUAGGGAAUCACCGGUAACACUUUACAAUAAGGUUCCAUUUGUUAACAUUAGUAAAUGCAUUAGGUAUCAUGAACAAACAAUUAACAAUAUAUUUGUUACAUCAUUUAUCAAUGUUUGUUAAUGUUAGUUAAUAAAAAUACAAAUGUUCAUUGCAAGUUCAUGUUAGUUCAAAGACUUCUGUUUUGCUGUUUUUGUUUAGUCAGUGGUCGCUUUUAGUAAUUAUUACGUAUACAAUUACCCUAAAAACACAUAUAUGUGAUUUCCAGUCAAUCAGAAAUUGUAUCAUGAGAGCUUUUUUUCAAUCAACAGAGAUUUAGCUCAAUACAGUGCAGGGCCGUAGCAAGGACUUCUGGGCCCCUUGACUGAAUAUUGCUCUGGGCCCCUUACCUAUUAAACAAAUACAGUUUUGAAUUUGUUGUGGGCAUCCAUGGACCUUUGGGCCCUUAGAAUCAUUACCACCUUUCACCCCACUAGUUACGGCCCAGUAGCUUUUGCCAACAGUUGGCAAAAUCAUAAGAAAUCGUAUGAGCUGUACCGUAAACAAACAAACAAAUUUCAUGAAGCAACAAAAGAUGUGUUUUUUUUAACUUAAACCCUUAACCAACCCCCAAAUCUAAACUUAACCAUAAAAGUCAUACCAUUUUUUACAAUGUUGCCAUCUCUUACAAAUUAUUACAAGUUGUCAUGAGACUAUGUGGGAACACUUACUGUACAUUAAAUAUGAUAAAUAUUAAA